GAAGGCGGGGUCAGAGUCCCAGAAGCUGGUCGGCGGGCGGUGCCUACGGUCGCCCAUGCCCCUUUUCGCCCUCCGCUCGCUGCGGGGGAAGCAGCGUGAACUUGAACGCUCCCUUCACUGCUCAGUGCGAGUCCAGGCAGAGGCCAGCCAGUCUUAUCAGUCCCCCCUCGCGCUUCGGUCAACUUAUCGGUGAAGGAGCAGCUGGACGGCUCUGGACUGGGAGGGUUUGCUCUCUGGGACCCAGAAAAGGUGCCAAACCCGGAACGCUCGACACGAUGUCCAGGCGCAAACUUGGAAGCAAACCGCAGCACCUGAGUGCAAUUCAAGACGUCACUGACACGGCGGGUGGCACCAGCGCGUCUGACGACCCGCCGCCGCCGCCGCCCGCCCCGGCGCCUCCCGUCGGCGCCGCCGCCGAGGACCACGACCUCCUGACCUGUGGCCAGUGCAGCCGGGCCUUCCCGCUCGCCCACAUCCUCGCCUUCAUCCAGCACAAGCAGGGCGGCUGCCGGUCCCGAGGCCGGGCCCCGGGCGCCAGCGCCGCGCCGCCCUCGCCCGCCCACCGGGCCCAGCAGCGCGCCGGCGCCGCCAGGCCCGGGCCGGGCUUCAUCGAGCUGAGGAGGGGGGUCUGGGCCGAGGAGCCCGGCGUGAGGGUGGAGGCCGGCAGAGCAGCGGCCGACGAGCCGCCCUACUUCGCCUGUCAGCAGUGUGAGGGCCUGUUCCCGUCGGCCUGGGCGCUCCUGCAGCACGCGCAGCACGCGCACUCCUUCAGCAUCUACCAGGAGGACGAGGACGAGGACGCCGCGGGCGGGGGCGGCGCCGCCACGGAGCACAAAGCCGCCGCGGCCACUCUGGACCCCCGUCACCUGAGCCAGGCCCUGGCCUCGGCCUUCCAGCCCCCCGGCCUGCGGCCCGGUCGCCCCCGUCAGACGCACGGCGCCGCCCCCGGCUCCUCCAGGAACGCGCAGGCCCUGAACUUCUCGGUGCGGCUCAUGGAGCUGGCGGAGGGGAACAACACCACCACGGGCAGUUCCCUCGGAGGCCUGGUCCUGUCGCCCUCCUCCUCCCCACCGGCCGCGUCCCCCUUUCCUCAGACCGGCGCCCUCCAGACUGACUUUCACUGCGAGAUGUGCGACCAGAACUUCCAGUCCCUGCGCGCCCUGUCCUCCCACCGCCGCACUCACACGUGCGAGAGGCCGUACCACUGCGGGGUGUGUGGGCAGGCCUUCGCCCAGAGCGGCCAGCUGGCCCGUCACAUACGGAGCCAUCACAGGGAAGCUGGAGGCGGAGGAAGUGGGUAUGAGCCGGUGGAGAUGGUCAUGAUGGAGGAUGGAGACGUAGGGCGGCAGGGGGGGAGGGGGAGGUAUCAGAUGCAGCAAGGGGGGAACAUGGUUAAGGGAAUGGUGGGUCCAGAUGUGAGAGCCCCGGGCCCAUCGGAGCACGACCUGGCUCUGCCCAAACACCCGUCCAUAGCUUCGGGCCUGAUGCUGCUGACCUCGCAGGUGAGACCCCCGGAGCUGCUGCGGCUGUACCAGCCCCAGAGAGAGGGCGCCGAGGAGGAGGCCGAGGGGCAGGGGGAGCCCCAGCACACCUCGCCCUGCGCCAGCCCCUCCGAAGGCUCGCUGGAGAGCGGCGAGACCGGCGGCAGCGGCGAGAGCGGGAUCGCCAGCGGCAACUGCACGCCCAAGCGCCCGGAGGCGGGCGAGCGGGAGGGCGAGAGAGGGGAGGUGGAGCGGGAGAGGGAGUGGGGCGCCGGCAAAGCGGGCGAGGCGGCGCACGAGUGGCAGCGGGAGCACGAGUGGCGGGGCGGGGCGGCGGGCGGCCACGGCGGCGGCGCGGCGGCGAGCGCCGCGGGCAAGAAGAAGAAAGACGAGGCCUGCGAGUUCUGCGGUAAGCAGUUCAGAAAUAGCAGCAACCUGACUGUGCACCGCCGCAGCCACACAGGUGAGCGGCCCUACCGCUGCGGCCUCUGCAACUACGCCUGCGCUCAGAGUUCAAAGUUGACGCGCCACAUGAAGACGCACGGCGCCCAGGGGGCCAAGGCCUCCUUCCUGUGCCAGCUGUGCGCCGUGCCGUUCACCGUCUACGCCACCCUGGAGAAGCACCUGAAGAAGGUCCACGGCCUGAGCCACGCCAGCGUGGGCGCGUAUGCGCAGGCCAGCGCCGCCGACACGCUGGCCGCCAUCAAGGCCGAGGAGGAGGCGGUGGUGGUGAAGAUGGAGGAGGACGAGGUGAGCCUGGACGUGGCGGAGGCGGAGCCUAAAGGGAUGGAGGCGGAGGAGGAGGGGAUGCGGGCGGAGGCCGGCGCGGGCGACCUCGCGCCCGGAGGUGCCGGCGAGGCCGCGGCCGCCGCACCGUGAGCCCCGCCCGCCCCGCCCGCCCCCGGCGCCCCCCCCCCAUCAGACGCGUGACCCCCCCCCCACCGUAAAACUGACAGUCGAGUUAAACUGGAACCCGGUUUGAAAGAAGGCGCCGAGGCGAGCGGCAGCCAGCAGCUCACGAUUGUAUGCGAAGCUCCCGGGUGAAACUAAGUGCCUACAGUUUGUUUAGACCACAGAGCAAAACAAGGCCGUGACAUUCAGCGGGGAGAUUACCAGAGCUCUCGAACAGGAAGUGCAACCGCCACAGUCCACACCGACACAGGAAACUGAUCACCAUGUUGCAGCGCAGGAUGCAAAAGACGAGUGAUUUAUGUCUCUGGUGACCCACUGGACAGGUGGAGACCCAGAAUUCUACAGAGCACAGGGUAUAUGGAAUUAAAACAGCAUAGCAAUAGAGCAAUCGUAAUAUAUAUUCAGCAGGUGGCGGGAGGUCACGCUGCCUCGCUGCUUCUCGCUCUCUUCUUCUGAGAAGACCUUUUAAAGACUACAGCCGUCUGAACAGACCCGAGGGUGAAACCAAUCCAAACACUGUCCGCCUGCACUUCCUCAGACUUCUGGUUUUAAAGGUGUUUGGUUGUCACAACACUCGUCACUUAACGUAAUGUUUACAGGGUUCCGGGGCCGAGCGAGGUUGUGCUCCCGAGCCUGUGACAGAGCGAACCGAGACUCUGAUCUGCUGGUUUUCUUUCCAUGAGUAGCUUCUAUGCAUAAAAAACUGCAAUUGUACUUCCAUGCGAAACGGGUGUGUGUACUUUGUUCUUCGGUAUAUUUCUGUUCCAUUGUUUACAUUUGUAAAGUGCUGAACUGCUUGAAGCUUAUGCAUGUUUUGCUGCAAAUUGAUAUGUUUUAUUUCUUUGCCUGUGUUUAAAUUCCUUUUUUUUUUUUGUAAUUUAUGAAUGCUGCACGUUAGUGAAAAAGUCUGUCCUGCUGCUGAGACACAGGGUUGACAGAGGCAGUGGUUGACGGUUGAUUGGUGGAGUUUUGUGGUAGGCUGCCAAGCAAGCACUUGGUGUGUGUGUGUGUGUGUGUGUGUGUGUGUGUGUGUGUGUGUGUGUGUGUGUGUGUGUGUGUGUGUGUGUGUGUGUGUGUGUGUGUGUGUGUGUGUGUGUGUGUGUGUGUGUGUGUGUGUGUGCGCGCACGUACGUACGUGUACAUAGGAGGUACCGGGCUCUCCUCUAAGCCCCUGUCCUCCUGCGGUCUCGGGUUCCGAGCGUGCCUCGCCGGGUCAUGAUCCCCGGGUCGCGGCUCAGCCGGACGGAGGCUUCGAGCCGAGCGCUACCGUUUGCUGUCGUGUCCACUGUGAUGACUUUGUGCUACUGUAUCUGAGCUCUACUUACAUUCACGUCAGGGAAAAAACAAGUUAAUGUGUUUUUGUUUUGAGUGCGAUUACGAGUGAGCGCAGUGUAACUGUUCAGGGAUGCUUUUUGUACAUAGACUUCCAUUCUUGCUGUUCCUAUACUCAUUGUUGUUGGUAUUACUGUAUUAACUGACUGUUACAUGCCCUCCACUUUUCCCAGCAUCGUCUCCUUUACACCCAACACUGGCUAUUGUCAAGCUGCACCGCUCUGCUGUGUCUUUGUGAACUUGACACCCUUUUGUACCAUGUCAUGAGGAGCCUCAAUAAAGAUUUGAGGUGGA